AUGGCAGAGCAAACUAACCUCACCCAAUUUGAAGCGAUAUAUUCUGAGCUCAGGGAGCUCCUCCUCAACCAUGCCAGGUUCUACAACCUACCUCCAGGAGACCUCGAAAUCUUGAAGGCUAAUCUAGAAAUCAACCUAGUCGGUGGAACAUACGAUCGCGGCAUAGCUGUUCCUAAUACCGCCUCCAUCCUCAUCGGUGCAACCCUUGACAAGGAACAAUAUAAACAAGCAGCAGCUCUCGGUUGGAUGGUUGAACUGCUUCGGGCUUCGUUUCUAAUGUCUGAUGAUAUCAUAAACGGCAGCAUCAGCCGAAGAGGCAAUCCAUGUUAG